ACGGCUUUAGGGUAGCUACGGGAAGCUCUACAAAAGGAGUUGUGCUUCACCCUUGGAGCAUUCACCAUGACGACCUUGAGCCCUCACCACUCCUCUACGGAGACUGCCACUCUCUUCUUGGUUCAGCCCUGCCGCUGCUUUAUACUUGCAUAGACUGCAACUCUCUAGCCUCGCUGCUCUCUUUCCUGCGGCACUGGCCCGCCUUGUAUUCUCCGUCUUUCCCUGGCAUACCGCGGUCAUCGCGAUCUUGACCAUCCCUCUAUACCAUUCUCUAGUUUCUCGAUCCGUGAAAUUGAAGUCGAACAGCCGAAAUGGCCGACGGACUCAACGAAUACCGCACGGCGCGAGUGGCCGAGCUGCUCUCCGAGUUCCGAACGCUUCAGUACUACAUCGCCGCGGCGCCAUGCAACCCCCCGGACAUGGACGACUACUAUACCGAGGGCUGGGCGGCUCUUCGACAGUGCGCCAUCGAUGGGCAGCACAUUCUAAACUGCGGCGCCGACGUCACAGUCCCUCGCACCACCGGCGGGCCGGAGGAGCAGGCAAAAGCCGAGCUGAAGCAAGUCCAUCUUGAUGCGUACGCGCGCAGGCACGAGGGCCAAAAGAUCUAUCUCCGCCAGGCUGCCGCGCAGCGCUGGAUCGAAUGGCGGGAGCAGAUCCUCAUGGGCGGCAGGCCCAACUCGGAUAAUGAGGCACAGCUCAGGAGUUGCGACCAGCAGUUGCGCGCUGAACUGGCCAGCAUCACUGACGAAGCCAUCUACUCGGAGCUGCAAGCAUCCGACUUUGCCCUGGGCCGCUGGACGGACGAAGACCCCAGCCUGCGCGCGGUACAGCGCUGGGUGCGGUCCCGCAGACGUUAGACGGGCCGCCGGCGACGGAGUUACGCUCCUCGGAUACAUUUCCAUUCGACCAUUAUCGAGUUCAUCGAGCCUUCAACUGUAAUCGUUUACACUUACCUUC